GGUCCCAUCGUGAGGUCAGCUGACGCUGGUAAUGGUUAGGCAUUACCCCCCACCCACCACACACCCUUUCUCUACCUCCUCUCGACCAACAUAUGGAAUCAAACAGCAAGUUGCUGCAUUUUUUACGUUUCCUUGCACGGUGACGGACGUAGAGAGACAAGGUCGACAGGCAUAUGCUACUUUAGCCUCUUAAAUGUACGUUUAUAAACGUCAAUCGCGUUAUUUUGGGGACUCUCAAAGGAUAAAGCAAUAGUAUCUUGCAUUUUUGUUUUGAUUUUUUACUAAUAAGCACUUAUCAUUAAUCUCAGCAGUCGCGCAUCUUGCUCUCCUUUCCUCGGUAUAUCUCACUCAACCGCCCAUUGAUUUUAUGUUCAUCUGAGCUGAAAAGCGUCACUGCUCAGAAUGUUGCUUGAACAUCCUGGAUCGAGUUGUCAAAAUCCCGGGCAUUUCUCCCGAUACAGUGCAGGUCAAGAGAUUCCUGUAUGCGCGGGCUGUAAUCAACACAUCGUGGACCGCUUCAUCCUCAAAGUGCUGGACCGCCAUUGGCACAGCAAGUGCCUGAAAUGCAGCGACUGCCAAUCCCAACUAGCGGACAAGUGCUUCAGCCGGGGAGAUCGCGUCUACUGCAAAGAAGACUUCUUUAAGAGAUUUGGGACCAAAUGCGCCGCGUGUCAGCAAGGUAUUCCGCCGACGCAGGUGGUGAGGAGGGCGCAGGAUUUCGUGUACCACCUGCACUGCUUCGCGUGCAUCGUGUGCAAAAGGCAGCUCGCUACAGGUGACGAGUACUACUUGAUGGAGGACAGCAGGCUCGUGUGCAAGGCUGACUACGAGACCGCCAAACAGAGAGAGGCAGACUCAACAGCAAAAAGGCCACGAACGACUAUCACCGCCAAACAGCUCGAGACCCUGAAAAACGCUUACAACAACUCUCCCAAACCUGCCCGCCACGUACGAGAACAGCUAUCGUCAGAAACCGGGCUCGAUAUGCGGGUUGUUCAGGUCUGGUUUCAGAACAGGCGAGCAAAAGAGAAGAGGCUGAAGAAGGAUGCAGGCAGACAGAGGUGGGGUCAGUACUUCCGCAACAUGAAGAGAUCGCGAGGCAGUUCAAAAUCAGACAAGGACAGCAUCCAGGAGGAGGGCAUGGACAGCGACGCUGAGGUCUCCUUUACAGACGAGCCACCCAUGUCAGAGCUCAGCCACUCCAACGGCAUCUACAGCGGCCUGAGCGAGUCGUCCCUGGCCAUGGGGGGCCGCCAGGAUGGCAGCCACGGCCCCUUCCCCCUGGAGCAUGGAGUCCUCCCGUCCCAAGACCAGUACCACAACAUCCGCUCCAGCAGCCCCUACAGCCUACCCCAGUCCCCAGGCUCGCUUCAGGCCCUGCCCAGGCACCAGCCCCCCAUCUCCAGCCUGGUCUACCCUGACUCCGGCCUGUCCAUCAUGACCCAAGGCGGGCCCCCCGGGCUGAACACAGGCAUGAGAGGAGUGUUGGUGGGCGCUAACGGCCCCAGCUCGGAUCUGUCCACUGGCAGCAGUGGGGGCUACCCAGACUUCCCAGCAAGCCCAGCUUCCUGGUUGGACGAAGUGGACCACGGCCAGUUUUGAUGAGCUGGGUUGAUUGGUCAAUGUGGUCUAAGGACUUCUCCUGGCGGGUGUCACGAACUGGAAAGAGACAGUCACACAUGACCUGUGAAACAGAGAGACCGGGUCGGACGGUUGAUGUCUUUCACCCUCCUUGGAUCACUCAAUCGCUCUCUAUCAAUUAACUGUCAAUCUUUUUCAUUUCUCCUCAUCUGAGUGGACUGGAAGGAAGGAUUGGGCCAUCAAAAAGUAUGAAUGGUUGCACCUUGAACUCACACACUCCACUCCUCAAAGAGAACCAGACUGAGAAAUAUGGCGUGCAGACCUGUUAUGAAUGAUCAUUUAGCGCUACUGACGGGGUGUUGAUAUGUCGCUUCGAUAGCGUCAAGAGUAGGGUCUGAAAGGAAAGCACCUCACUUCUACAAUCAGAACUUUUAACGGUCAGACAGACAGACUACUCCAUCUCUGUCUUAAGUUUUCACAGCACUGCUCAAACUGUCCUCCACCAUUGAACUAUGUGUACAGCGGCUUUGGACGGUCAUGCUUUUGAUCCCUAUGGUGUCAUCAAUAUUACACCAGAGGAAGCUCACAGAUACACACUAUUUCCAGCUGUGAUAUCGUUGUGACAACAUAACAAAGUCAGACUCCUGCCCAAUUGGAUUGCGAUAGACUCUAUCGCCAAUCCUUUCCACCUUAUUCUUCCCUUUGUUUUUCUUAUGUGUACCGAUGCAGGUUUUCGUUCAAGUCAGAGUCUUUACGUGUCUGGUUGUUGCCAAAUGUCUAUAUAUAUUACGGUUUAUCAUUGUGGAGAAUUUAUUUUUAUACAACCCUUCAACAAUAUGAAUACCACAGAUAUUAUUACUUUGUACAUUGACAGCCAGGGAUCUAGACAUUUUGUAGAUGUCGCCUCCCACCGAUAACUAGAGGUGCAGUUACUUCUAUGCAUUUGUGUGUUUUCAGAUGUAUCUUGUUCUUUUCGUUCUAAGCUACCUGGGCAUGCUGAAACCCAGGCGGGGGAACGUGUUUGUUUAGGUGGAAGAUGUUUUAUGUCUUAUUUAUUCUCUCUGAUGUUGAUGAUGAUGAUGAUGAUGAUUAAGUGAUACAGGUCUUUAAUAAAUGUGUCAGCUAAAUCCAAACUGACCACUGGCUCUUGUAUCACAUCUUUAUUAUAUUGACUAUGGGCUGUAUCUUUGGUUCUCUUCUAUGUUAGAUUAAAAAUAAAUGUUUUACACAUAUCUUAAUUCUGCAAAACACUAACAGAAGCUAGGGUAAUUGGGUUGGUAGCUUAUCUUUCAUAUUCAUCAUUUAUUUUCCUGGAGUAUUAAUUGCAUUGAUCUUACAUCAGACUACAGAUACUGUAGGAGAAAAGGAGAUCUGGAGAUCUGGCUGAGUCUGCAGAUGGGCCGUCUGGCUAAUUACCAAAGCCGUAUCAAGAGUUCAACGGCUCUUUAGUGCAGAAAUUUGAUGCAGACUGAGAGGCAACAUGUCGAUUUAGAGAUAACCGUGCCUUGUUUGCCCAAAUGCCCCUACGGGAUAAAAAUCUUCAAUCCAUUAGCUUAGGAGGGAUCGAAUGCCCCUUGUGAAUUUCCUCAUUUGUUUACUUAUUCAAAGUCGGGUUCAAUUAAAUAGAUUAAACAGUGUGGUGUGUGUGUGUGCGCGCGUGCGUGCUUGGGGCGUGCAUGCGUCUGUGUGACGUCAAUUUCUUAUUUUUUUCACCCAGUGACAGAGAAGACUUGCAUUGCAGUUUUAUCUGUGCGUAGCAUCAUAGAUGACACAUUUAAAACCAUGCUCACCCUGACGAAGACCAUCAAUCUGUACCAUCUUUUAGAUUGACCCUUUCGCCAUCUACCAGCAAUUUGCAGAGUGUUCCAGGAGACCUGAUCAUGAACAACUCUGGACUUUACUUAGCUAAUGCUUUAUAACCUAAGACGUCCUAAAUAUUAGUACAAUUUUAGAUUUUGGGGGGUAAGUAAAACCAACAAGAUCUCACAAACUCUCUGCACAAACUGAUGUUUGUCCAAAAGACGUACCUCCCUGGUCUAAUAAUAAUGAUCUGCCUAUGGCAGCACUGUAACAUGAGGAUUCACCCCAUCUCACCUUAAUAUGAGAGUAGAAUACCAAGCAUGUUGAUAAACAAUAGGCGCUGUGUUUGAAUAACUGUGCAUUGUCAGAUUUAACCUAAGCACUUACCAUAAUUGCUGCAACUAAAUAUUAUUUCCAGGGGUUGGAAGAUAGAUGCUUUUAGAAACAUUGGCUGAAGAAAGUUUCUCAGACUGUGCAUUGUGUGUGUUUUGACAUAGACAUAUUAGUCCCAAAAUUAAAAUGGCCUUUUAAUAGUCUUUUUGACACAGGUAUUUUAGAUUUUUUGACACAAGCCCGUAACUUCUUCAGUUUAGGGUUGGACGGCUGGCUCUUGUUCUCAGGUUGCCAGAACAAGAACACAACACUUCAACUUAAAAUCCAAUCCUUCCACCUGAGUGGCGGCUGUCACUAUUGCCAUGCUAA